AUUAUUGGCCUGUUCAGUAUUCGGUGGUGUUUUAACUUGUUAACUUGGUUUUUUAAAAGAAAGAAAAUGAAAUUUUUAAUAACAUUCUGCGUCAUUAUUUUUGCAUGGGGUUCUACAGCUGAUUCUUAUAACGAUUUAUCUGCAAUAGAACAGUUGGUGUCCAAUGAAAUUGGUCAUGAAAAUUAUUCACUCGCAGAAAUAAUUUUGGAAAUCAUUGAUCGAUUCCGUGAUGUCAUCAAUGACGCUGUCAAAGAUUUAUUGGAAAGUCAGAGACAUUUGAUCCUUACUGGUGUACCUCCAGUAAUUCCACCUCUCGAUCCAUUCUACAUCGAUGAAUAUUUCAUUGAUCCAACUGAAGAAAUUGCUGGAUUUUCUAGCUUCCAAAUGCGACUUACAAAUACUACUUUGAAAGGAAUCUACGACUUUAAGAUUGAUCAAGUCGAUAUUCGACCAUUAGGAUUAUUUGGAAUGAUUUCCCUAUCAUUUGAUAAGCUGGAAAUGGAAGGGUUUCAUUCAACUAACGCAACAUUAUUACAAAGUUCUUCAGCUGUCGGCAGUGGACCAUUCACAAUGACUUUAAAUAACUUCAAAGUUUCUGCUUAUGUUCAAAUUGAAAUUAAUGGCCGCAUUCGUCCUAACCUAAAGACUGUUAUUACUGCUUAUUCAGUUUCUUCAGUUGACCCUAACUUUGAAGGAUUUGGUCCGUUAUUACAAUUGCUUUUUAAUCCAGCUGCACGCCUCGCUUUCCCUGCAUUAAUAGCACUUUCUAAUAUCAACGCAAAUUUAUGGUUGAACAACGAGUUUAUUCCUGCUGUAAAUGGAGUCAUCAAUGACUUUGGAAUCAUCGAUAUCAUUGGUCUCAUAAGAACUCUAAUUAGAAACAAUGCAGAGAGCUUCGAUACCGAAAUCAUGGACGCACUUUAUCGAUUCGACCAAAUGAAUAGCAAUUUGAAAUUAUAAUUGAUUAUGUGAAGAGAUCUUAAGUUUGAAUAAUAAGGAACGAAAUGAGUUCAUAAUGAA